AUGCAACUCUUGAGAGUGGUAGGAUUCAUCCAUGGAAACAUGCUUUUGCUUAGUUCCACCAUAGGGGCAGGGAUUUUUGUGACUCCUAAAGGAGUAUUAAUAUACUCCUCACUGAACAUCCCUGUUUGUCUGAAUAUUUGGGCCUUGGGUGGCUUGCUGAGCAUGAUGAAUGCUCUUUGUCUUGCAGAGCUGGCAACCACCUUCCCUGUGAGUGGAGCAUCUUAUUAUUUCCUCAAGAAAACUCUUGGAUCCUCUGCUGCUUUUCUGAGUCUUUGGAUAAAACUUUUUGUUCAUUUACUUGGCAUUGGUGCUCAAAGCCUACUAAUAGCUAGUUAUCUCAUCCAACCUUUCUAUUCUGGGUGUCCUGCUCCAGAGCUCCCAAAGAAAUGUCUGGCUUUGGCUGCUUUGUGGUCAUUUGGUAUUCUCAGUGCUCGGCAGAUGAAAACAGUGGUUCAAGUUCAGACUAUCAGCAGUCUGAUGAAGAUAGCUAUUCUUUGUCUCAUUUCUCUAACUGGAAUUGUUCUGUUAGUAAUUGGAAAAAAUGAGAAUGUGUCCAGGUUUGAGAAUGUUUUGGAUUUUGAAUUUCCUGAUGCCUCACAGAUUGUAGAAGCCUUUCUCCAAGUGUACUAUUCAUAUUUAGGAGCAUCACUCCUGAUCAACAUAGCAGGAGAAAUAAGAAGUCCUACCAAUACAAUUCCAAAAUCUUUAAUGUCUGGCCUGUCCAUUGUUAUUGUGAUGUACUUGCUGACUAAUAUAUCAUACUUGACAGUUCUGACACCCCAAGAAAUCAUCUCUUCAGAUUCUAUUGCUAUCACAUGGAUGAACAGAGUUUUCCCUUCGAUACAAUGGGCUAUUUCUUUGGGAAUCUCAGCUUCGCUGAUGAACACCAUUUCUUGUGGAAUACUUUCAGCAUCAAGAAUAUUUUAUUGUGCAAGUCAGGAUGGAAAUUUACCUUUCAUUUACUCAAUGCUUAAUGAACAUCAUUCUCCAGUUGCAGCAGUCUUCAUGAUUAUCAUUUUGUCUUCUAUUUCAAUAAUAACUUCAAAUUUAAUUUACUUAGUGAAAUAUGUGGGGCUAGGAGCAUGGUGUAUAAAUUUGCUGAAUAUGAUAGGAUUGCUUAAAAUAAGGUACCAGAAGCCUGCUAUGCCAAGACCUUAUAAGGUAUGGCUGCCAUUCAUAUUUGGAUCUAUGGCUUUAUCAGUUGUUCUAAUUUUCACACCAAUGAUUCAGUCUCCUAAUAUUGAGCAUGUCUAUCAGGUUGCCUUUAUUUUCUGUGGCCUUCUGUGUUACUGGCUUCAAACUCACCUUAAAAAAUAUAAUGUUUGUUUUGACAAAAUCACUUGCUAUUGGCAAUUAUUUUUCAAUGUCUCACCAUCUGAAAACCAAGAUAAAUUAAUUAAUUUCUAA